AUGCAGAUCCGCGAUAAGCCAGCCGCGGCCAACGAGGACGCUCUAAGCUCCAGGGCGGAGCCCGACCUGUGGACCGAAACCCGCACCGGGUUAUCUACCGCUGCGCUCGCCCAGAAGGAUAAUUCUCUGAGCGCGCCGACCAACUAUAAGCCGACCAACUAUAAGCCGACCAACUAUAAGCCGACCAACAAUAAGCCGACCAACAAUAAGCUGACCAACAAUAAGCCCACUAAUAAUAAGCCCACCAAUAAUAAGCUGACCAACAAUAAGUCCACUAAUAAUAAGCCCACUAAUAAUAAGCCCACCAAUAAUAAGCCCACCAAUAAUAAGCCCACCAAUAAUAAGCCCACCAAUAAUAAGCCCACCAACAAUAAGCCCACUAAUAAUAAGCCCACCAGUAAUAAGCCCACCAAUAAUAAGCCCACCAAUAAUAAGUCCACUAAUAAUAAGCCCACUAAUAAUAAGCCCACCAAUAAUAAGCCCACCAAUAAUAAGCCCACCAAUAAUAAGCCCACCAAUAAUAAGCCGACCAACAAUAAGCCCACCAACAAUAAGCCCACCAAUAAUAAGCCCACCAACAAUAAGCCCACUAAUAAUAAGCCCACCAGUAAUAAGCCUACCAAUAAUAAGCCCACCAAUAAUAAGUCCACUAAUAAUAAGCCCACUAAUAAUAAGCCCACCAAUAAUAAGCCCACCAAUAAUAAGCCCACCAAUAAUAAGCCCACCAAUAAUAAGCCGACCAACAAUAAGCCCACCAACAAUAAGCCCACCAAUAAUAAGCCCACCAAUAAUAAGCCCACCAAUAAUAAGCCCACCAAUAAUAAGCCCACCAAUAAUAAGCCCACCAAUAAUAAGCCCACCAAUAAUAAGCCCACCAAUAAUAAGCCAACCAAUAAUAAGCCGACCAAUAAUAAGCCGGUUGGUGACACUGCAGCAAGCGGCGAGCCCGGGGGUUCCCCGGCCCACACCCGCGCUGCCGCCACUCCGACCGGAGAUCGCGCCGCCAUCGAUCUCCGCGCAGGAAAUUGGAGCGUCCGAACGGGAAGUGGCUGGAGGCUCCAGGCUGGAAGCUCCAGGCCGGAGCGGCCGCGACAACGCCGCUCUUCACAGGCCGUCCUUAACAGUCUUAGAGUAAUGGUGCGCUGCGCGGCUCGCAUUCAAAUGACUCUGCCCACGCUCCUACUGCCGCUCGGCUUCUGCAAAGUUCCGAUAAAAGAUGGGGAAAAAGAAAGAGAGAGAGAGAGAGAGAGACGGAAGGAAAAUUAG